CCAAUUCCCAUUUUUGCCGUCGCCUGUGUUUCUCGCCCAAUUCUCUCUCUCUUUUGCGAUCCUUAUCUCUGGCGCUAACUUUGCCUUUACUCCUGUAAUUUCUUCUUUCUUCUUCUCGUUUAUUUAUUGCGGCGGAGCAUUUGAUUUCCAACACUAUUUGCAUGUGAUUUAUGCACAGAGGAAGAAUUCUGCUUGAUCUAUUAUUCUAGUUCUAUCAACAAAUUUAUAAAGGUCGAUUUAGUGAAUGGUUGCUUAAAAUCCUUGCUCAUGAGAUGAUACCCUAGAAAUCCAGUAUCCAUGGAUGAUUUACCAGACCUUGUAGCUUGGGACAUAUUGGAGAGGCUAAACACAACGGUGGAUAAAAGUGCUAUAUCUCUAACAUGUAAGCGCCUCCACAAAUUGGACAAUGUGCAACGGAAAUCUAUCCGCGUUGGCUGUGGCUUGCGUCCUGCCAAUGAGGCAUUGGUUUCUCUCUGCAACCGGUUUCAGAAUUUGGAAAAGGUUGAAAUCUCUUACUCGGGUUGGAUGUCCAAGUUAGGGAAACAGUUGGAUGAUCGAGGUCUUUAUAAUCUCUCCAUUAGCUGUCCUCGUCUCGCUGAUCUUACCUUAAGUUAUUGCACUUUUAUCACUGAUGCUGGUUUGACUCACUUGGCUUCCUGCUCUAAUAUCUCUGCCUUGAAGUUGGUCUUCACUCCGAGAAUCAGUGGAUGUGGGAUAUUAUCGGUGGUAGUGGGAUGUAAGAAGCUCGCAUUGCUGCACCUCAUUCGUUGUCUCAAUAUCACCAGAAUGGAAUGGCUGGAGUAUCUUGGCAAGCUUGAGACGCUUGAAGAUCUUUGCAUCAAGAAUUGCAGGGCGAUUGGAGAAGGCGAUCUCAUUAGAUUAGGGCAAACUUGGCAAAGAUUGAAACGGUUGCAAUUUGAGGUGGAUGCAAAUUAUCGUUACAUGAAAGUUUAUGACAGGCUAGCAGUGGAUCAGUGGCAGAAGCAGUCGGUUCCAUGUGACAAGAUGACUGAACUUAUAUUGGUGAACGGCAUCAUCAGCCCUGGGAGAGGUCUUGCCUGCGUCUUGGGGAAAUGCCGGAACUUGGAAAAGAUUCACUUAGACAUGUGUGUCGGGGUGAGGGAUUCCGACAUUAUAGGUUUGGCUCGCAACUCAGGGAGCAGCCUCCGGUCCAUCUCACUCCGAGUGCCAUCAGAUUUCUCACUCCCUCUCCUGAUGACCAAUUCCAUAAGGCUAACAGACAAAUGCCUGGAAGCAUUGGCUCAGAACUGCUCGCGCCUUGAGUCCGUGAGAUUAUCUUUCUCCGAUGGUGACUUCCCCUCCAUUUCCUCGUUCUCUCUGCAGGGGAUCCUCACGGUGGUGCUCACGUGCCCGAUGAGGGAGCUUGCUCUGGAUCACGUGUACUCGUUUGAUGACGUGGGGAUGCAAGCUCUUUGCAGUGCAGAGCAUCUUGAAAUGGUGGAGCUGACAAGGUGCCAGGAGAUUACAGAUGAGGGGCUGGAGCUUGCAGCAAAGUUUCCUCAGCUGCGAGUCUUGAAGCUCAGCAAAUGCCUUGGGGUAAGCGACGACGGGUUGAAGCCGUUCGUGGGGUCGGGUAAGUUGAAGGUUUUGGCUGUGGAUGAUUGUCCACAGAUAUCUCAUAGGGGCGUUGAAGGAGCUGCUGAUUCGGUUUCUUUUAAGCGGGAUCUCUCGUGGAUGUAUUAGUUCUAGUUUAGGAUGAAAUUAUCUCUUUUCAUCUUCUUCAAUUCUGCUUUACAUAUAGGAGUAUGUUGUAGUAUCUAUUAAUUUUUCCCAUCUGCAUAGAUAAGUUUUUCUUGCAAGCUGAUGAAAAUGUAUGGGAGAACUCCAAAUUUGGAUGAUUGUUGAAGUGGAAAAUACUGGAAGUGUGGAAUCAAACAUGUGUACUUUUUUACAA